AUGUCGCCAGCCCAAUUCCAUAAACUUUAUACUUGGUCUCUCAAAUGUGACAAAAUUGAUAUCAGGUAUCUCGUACAGUAUUAUGCAUCUAAGGUCCUCAUCGAUAGGCACCGCUGGACGAUGCAUGUUAUGGGAACUCGUUGUGUUACAACAAAGUGA